CGAAGCUGACACGGAACUAUCGCGUGAUGCUUUGUUUCUGACGGAUUGUUUUACACGAGCACCUCAGAUGCAAUCUGAAUACAAGCGGGAUCACCGCGGCUGCAUUGGUGCUUUAUGUUCCACGUUUUCAGCAGAUGUUCCACAGCAGUGUGUCUGGAUGGAGGUUGAAUGUCAGCUCAGUAUCCAGGAGAAGAACUCCAGUCUGGACCAAGAAGAACCAGAACCUUCACAGAUGAAAGAGGAACAGGAAGAACCUUGUGGUUGUCAGGGGAGAGAGCAGCUUGUUCAGAAUCAGGAGACUGAGAUGAAGGUGGAGGAAAUAGAUGUUCCACAGCUGCACGUCUGUAAAGAGGAGGAGAGGAUCUCCAACCUGAAACAGGAGGAAUCCGAGCCUCCACAGAUCAAGGAGGAGCAGAAGGAGCUCUACAUCAGUGAGGAAGGAGAACAGCUGGAACUGAAGCAGGAGAACCAGGAUUUUAUGAUCACUGACACCAAAGCAGAACCAAGUGAGACCAAAGUUCUGGAAGUAAACAGUCCCAUCAGAACCAGCAGUCACACUGAGAAUGUAGACCACUCUCCCACAUUAGAAAAUCCCAGUCUUACAGACACGGAGGAAAUCUUGAUCAAAUGUUGUGUUUGUGGGAAAACCUCCAGUGGUUUAUACGGGAAUCAGCCCCCAAUGAAGCAUCAGGAUGUAUCAACACUAGAAUUUUGUGAGCCCUGUAGAAUCAGAAUAAAUCAAGGGGGAUCUUGGACUAUCCCGGUGGAAACAGUAUCAGGAGAGAAAUUACAUUCCUGUGACACAUGUGGAAGGGUUUUUAAAAGAUUUGGUAGUUUGAAAAGGCAUAUGCAAAAACAUCAAUAUAGUAAAAGUUUAGUGUUUUACAAAAAAUUCAGUUUGAUGAGACGCAUGAAGAUUCAAAAAUUGAGGAGGCAACAUUCUUGUGAAAUAUGUGGAGAAAGCUUUGGCUACAAUUUCAUUUUAAAAGCACACAUGAAAAGUCACCCAGCUGAGCUGCCUUUCACUUGUGACUCAUGUGGAAAAGGUUUCAAACAAAAUUCCCAUUUAAAACUGCAUAUGGUGAUUCACACAGGUGAGAAGCAGUUCACAUGUGAUAUAUGUGGAAAAUGUUUUACAGCAAAGAAGGGAUUAAAUUAUCACAAAAGAAUUCACACAGGUGAGAAGCCUUUUACAUGUGGUACAUGUGGAAAAAGUUUUACAUUUAAGGCACUUUUAAUUUCUCAUAUGAGAUCUCACACAGGUGAUAAGCCUUUUAAAUGUGUAACAUGUGGGAAAUGUUUCUCAAAAAGUUCUUAUUUAACUAUUCACAGGAGAACUCACACAGAUGAGAGGCCUUUUACUUGUAAAACAUGUGGAAAAGCUUUCAGACGCCUGACUACUCUAAAUAUCCACAUGGUUGUUCAUUCAGAUGAAAACCCUGUCAAUUGUGACACAUGUGGCAAGACCUUUAAACGUGUUCGUUGUUUGAAAAUACACAUGGACAGUCACAAAGCAGAGAAGAAACCUUGUAAAAUAUGUGAAAAAACGUUUACUUACAAUCAUGCUUUAAAAAGGCACAUGAAAACUCACUCAACUGAGCGACCUUUCAGUUGUGAUUCAUGUGCAAAAUCUUUCAAGACUAAAACAAGUUUAAAGGAACACAUGAAGACUCACACAGGUGAGAAGCCGUUCACUUAUGAUAUUUGUGGGAAAUGUUACUCACAAAAGGCUGGAUUACAGAUUCACACAAGAGUCCACACGGGUGAGACGCCGUUUACUUGUGAAACAUGUGGAAAAGGUUUCCGAACAAAGAGACAGUUAGUCUGUCACAUGAGAACUCACACAGGGGAGAAGCCUUUUAAUUGUAAAACAUGUGGGAAGUUUUUGGCGAAUCCUUCUUCUUUAGCUGUUCACAGUAGAACUCAUACAGGAGAGAAGCCUUUUACUUGUGAAUUAUGUGGAAAUGCGUUUACAGCAAAGCGUAGUUUGAAAUUUCACAUGAGCAUUCACACAGGUGAGAAGCCGUUUGCUUGUAAUAUUUGUGGAAAAUGUUUCACACGACAGGAUGGAUUAAAUUUUCACAAAAAAGUUCACUCGGGUGAGAAGCCUUUCAUAGGAGACAUCUGUGGAAGAAGCGGUCCCAUAUUUUCUGGACAAUAAGGCACACAGUCAAUAAGUAGUCUAUUUUUAAUCUUUAUAAGGAGUAUUAAACAAGACGAGCGUCAGAGACACGUCCUCACACUAACUUGGACCAAUCACUGCUUGCCAACAUCAUCUGGUUCCAAUAAGGCGAAGUCAGAAAAAUGCCCACUGAAUUUUCUUCAUUUCAUUGUAACCAGAAAUAUGGAGCUUUCUACAGGUGACGUCACACUCGCUCAAUUCAGGUCUCUUAUACAGUCAAUGUUUUUGACAGGAUAAAAAAAACAAAGGACAGACUAUACCAAUAAAACAAACACUUCAGUGAAUACAUCAACCUUGUCAGUAACCCGUACAAAAAUUUCCACCCUGAGGACGCUACGAGUUAGCACAUUUACUCAAUUCAACAAUUUUGUUUAAAACACAUAAAAAACAGAACAAUAUUGCUAAAAUAAACGGUACAUUCUUCUCUUAAGGACUUUUCAAGCCACUUCUGUUGUUAUUGAGUUUAACAGUCAAUGUGCCUUUCUCUUUUUAGAUGUAUUUAAUGUUGUACAGACUGUAGUGGGUAGUCUACGUUCCAAGAUGGCUGACUUUGUUUUAACAUGUGAAUGAACAGAUUGUUUUGCAGCCAAGCCCUGCUUUUUUUAAUUGAUAUGUGAUGUUAACAGAAAUGACGUGAAAGUAUUAAUCUGAUGACAAUAUGCUUUUUUUUUUUGAUUGUAUGUAUUACUGCAAGCAUCUCUAAAUGGUUAAGAGUGUUUACACUUUUAAUAGGAUGGCAUCAUCUUGUUUCAUUUUUCUUAUUUUGUCUUCUUUUUUACUGAAUGCAUUUCUUUAUUUCUAAAAUGACAUUAUUUCUGUGGGAUUUUUUUACUGUAUUUUCUACAAUUAUUGCCUGACAAUCAAAUAAAUCAAAUUAAAUCAAGUUACCUUUGUAAUUACUUCUUGCUCUUUGAAUUUCAAAAGUUUUUAAAAAGUGUUCUUCUGUCUUUCCUUGAA